AAACAUUUCCUGAUGGAAAGCUCAAUAAAGUUCGUCCCUGAUGAACGCUAGGAAACGGAAACUCUAGAUUUGUGAAUACAUAAGAUUCAUCGUUUGAUAGUUGGGUGUGUGUCUUGAAGAGCAGUGAUAGCUGAUCCGUGCCAUGUACACAUCAUGUCAAUCAACAUAGUCAAGCUAUUGAGGGGUUCAAACAGUAUGGAUGCUGAGAGGGUGAAGGCGGCUGCGAAGAACCAGCCCUCUCUGAACCAGGGAGCAUCCUCCUCCAGCAGCCAGGCAACAGCCAACCAGACACCUGCAGCCCCACGCGCAUCUCCAGCCCAUCAGCCUCAGGGAAGCACACCUGGAGGACCUCCAGCAUCUCCGGCGGCCUUGGGGACAUCAGCUGCUGCUGCUGCUUCCAACACCUCCCCAGCAGUGAUACCUCCCCACGCUGCAUCUAUUGCAAAUCGAGAUAGUGGUGUCAGCCUGUCCGCCAGCAGCACCGUAGGUGACACUUCCAAUGUGCGUAGUGCCAAUGCAUUGAAGUCUGUUUUACAGGACUCUUCGCCUCCACCUCUGCCACUUCCUGUCUCUUCAACAAUUGCUUCUCCUCAGCCUCAGAAUCAAGCUUCAGUCCCCUAUAACUGGCAGGCCACAAAACCGUCAGUAAAAGAAAGGCUGGCUUUCUUAUUCAACAAGGACGUAAUGUCUGAUAUUCGAUUCCUGGUAGGAAAGCCGCCAAAUGUUCAGACAAUUCCAGCUCAUAAGUUUGUCUUGUCGGUUGGAAGUGCUGUGUUUGAUGCCCUCUUCAAUGGUGGAAUGGCAACAUCAGACAGCGUAAUUGAAAUCCCAGAUGUUGAACCCGCUGCUUUCCUGGCUUUGCUGAAAUUCUUGUACUCUGAUGAGGUUCAGAUUGACCCAGAAACAGUCAUGACAACUUUGUAUACGGCUAAAAAGUAUGCCGUGCCUGCUUUGGAAAGGGCUUGUGUGGACUUUCUUAAAAGAAACUUGAGUAGUGACAAUGCCUUUAUGUUGCUCACCCAGGCACGACUUUUCGACGAGCCACAACUUGCAGCUCUGUGUCUCGAAACCAUUGACAAGAACACGACGGAAGCUCUGUCCGCUGAUGGGUUUACCGAUAUUGAUCAUGACACACUGUGUGUGGUGCUGGAGAGAGACACGUUAGGGAUAAGGGAAUGCAAACUGUUUUCAUCAGUAUGCCGCUGGGCAGAAGCCGAAUGUGCCAGACUGAAUCAGCCUCCGAGUCCACAGAACCAGAGAAGAGUCCUCAGCAGGUCCUUGAGGCUGAUCCGCUUCCCUCUGAUGACUGUAGAGGAGUUUGCAAUGGGAGCUGCACAGAGCGGGAUUCUUGAAGAUCGGGAAGUGGUGGAGCUGUUCCUGUACUUCACAGUCAACCCCAAGCCUUCCAUCAGCUUCCUGGACGUGCCCCGCUGCUGCCUGACUGGCAAGGAACAAGUCGUGUCUCGCUUCUGUCAGAUUGAGUCACGAUGGGGAUACAGUGGAACAAGUGACCGGAUACGAUUCAUGGUGAACAGACGUAUAUUUGUCGUUGGGUUUGGGUUGUAUGGCAGUAUUCAUGGACCAACAGAAUACAACGUCAACAUUCAGAUUAUCCACACCGACACAAGCAAGGUGAUGGGGUCCAAUGACACCAGCUUCCAGUGUGAUGGCUCAACAUCCACAUUCAGGGUGAUGUUCAAGGAGCCAGUGGAGAUCCUGCCCAACUCCAGCUACAUCGCCUGUGCUACACUCAAGGGUCCAGACUCGUACUAUGGGUCCAAAGGAUUACGCAAAGUGACCCAUGAAUCUGUCUCCAGUGGGAAAGUAACCUUCCAGUUCACAUACGCGGCCGGCAACAACAACGGCACCUCUGUUGAAGAUGGGCAGAUCCCCGAGAUUAUCUUCUACACGUAGAACACAUAUACAUGUAUUCUAGGGCUGCAACCAUUCACAACUCGCAGUGCCACGAACUAUUGUGCCUCAAUAGAAGUACAACACAAACCGAUACCUGAUAUACACAGCAUUUAUUAUGUGGUAUGCAAAUGAUUUGUAAAAUACAAUUUUCGGGUGGGUUUGUGAAUAGCACUCCCAACAUGCCCAAGCCAUUGUUAGUUUAGUUGACCCAAGUUUACAAAAUAUGUUUUAGUUAAGUUUUGAAACAUUUUCAUUGAUUAUGGAAAACAGACCUGCAAGAGUACAUGUCGUGACUCCAUAAUGAAGAUGCAUAUCGUGUCGCCAUAGACGUGGAUGGUUACAGCCCCGAUGUUUCACUGUCUCCUGAUGGAAGCCAAAAUAUGUACCAUGCACUGUGAUGAUUACACGACCAGGUCCUCAGUGGAUCAAUUGCUUGUUGCUGUGCAUGUUUACCAACAUUCUUAUGUCUGACUCGGUCAUCACUCAGUAGAAUUUCUCUCUGCUCCCUAAUCUUGAGAAUGUACAAAUGCCUCAUAUCUUCAGUGAUUAAGUAGUUUUACAAUCACUUAUGUACAAAUACUCGUCAAUGUUAUGAAGUUGUAGGCUUACCAGUUAUACUCAAUGUUUCAUAGGCAAAUGAAUGUAUUUCCUCUUACACUGAUACCAAGGUUAGAACACUUUUCUGAAAGUCUCAUUCCUGUGAAUAGUAUGUGCUCUAUCUGUCCAACUUUAUACUUGUUUCAAGCGGUGCGGAUCUUGGAUUGUCUAUGAUAGAUAUGCAUGCAAACUGGCAGACAACUUGAACUGUCAGAAACUGAAGCUGAUGUAUAGAUAGCAUCUCGUUUAUCACUGCCCUUUAUAUUCUCACUUCUAAUUCUAGUCAACCUUCACAGUGUUUGUCAUCUUUACAGCUAUCAAUGAUAGCAAGGUCUGCCAAAGGUGAAACCUCUGCAGUAGAGCCCUUGCUGGAAUACGCAUUUACUGCUUCCUGUUCAAUGUGGUAGCUAUGGCAACAGGAAAACUGAACGAUCAAAUCUUGCUGUAACAGUAUUAGUGUGGUGAAUGUUCCUGAGUUUGUUGCAGUCAUUGUCCGGCAUAGCUGCCUUUUACAAAUAACCUGUCAGGGUGAAUCUAUAAUAAUAGCAAGGAGGAAAGGAUCCCUAAAAUCAAUAUAAAAAAAGACAUGUUUGUAACAGUGAAACACGGUAAAUACAGAAAGUUUUCGGUUUCCUCUUAUAUCAUCCCGAUAACAUUACCGUUAUAUAUCUAUGUGCAUAUUUAAAAAAUUACAAAAGUAAUUUCCAAGGAUGAAAAGGGUUUCACUAUGUAUUAAAGACCUAACUAAUACAAACUGUUGGUUGUUCAGUGCAUGUUCCUUGAUGGUUGCUGGUGCUUUGUUUAGUACAUGUUAUAUGAUGUGUUUCAUCCAGUGAUUGGACGACCCCUUGCUGUUCCGAGUACAAAGUCUGGCCUCUAUUAUUAAUGCUACUAUGACUGCACUGUGAUACUGCAAAGGGUUAUGUAUGUCGAGCCUUGUCCAUAGUUCAUUGAAACACAAAGCAAGAGUUGAAGUCCACACAGUUCAAAUAGUCACACGUUAUUUCAGUUGAAAAAGGUUUUGUUCACUCUGAACAUUGACUCAAAUUGUUUUAUGUACAUGUAUGUGUUUUCUCCUGCUAGUGCAAGUUGUACGGAUGACACAUACAUUUUGAACAAUAGAUAUAACUUUAUAUAUUGAGAUUUAGUAUUUUGAGUUUUGUAUUGCUGUAGGUGCAGUAUUUUUUAGGUUAUUAUAACAUUGUUUUCCUCCUGAUGGCAGUGGUUUGUUGAUUGUCAUCCUUGCAUUGCAUGUUAUCCUGUAAGAAACAAUGAAAACAGGAUCCCUGGUUCAAGUUCUCAUGUUGUAAUGGCGCUGGCGCCGUUCCAUCUUUGACAUUGUGCUGCAUGUCACUCGUAGGUAAGACUAUACCUAGGAUCGGCUGUCUCAUCAGCUCAUAGGCUUUUCCACCUGCAACAGUAACAGGUUUUGUACAAGGACAAAUAAGAAUUUUUCAAAAUGUUAAAUUUGAUAAAAAAUUGUCAUUGCUUCAAAAUCUCAAGAAAACUCACAAGCCGUUUGAUCAUAGGGAAAGAGGGAUGAAGACAUAGAUUCCCUUGUGAUGAGGGAUUGUCACACCCUGUUUAUUUACCUUUAGGAAAAUUGAAGUUGAAUUUUUUCUUUCCUAUCUCUAGCUUCCAUCUUCAAGUUGACGCCAAAAUAUUGACUUGUAGUUACAUUAUAGAGAUAAUGGGACACAAUUACUAUUUUUUCUGUCAGUUUUUUAAAUGGAAUGAAAAAAUGCUUUUACAGAUUUUGUCUACAGAAUUUACAUGUAUAUUUGAAAUGAAUAUUUAUUAAUGUGUUGCGCUACCACUUGCAUAAAUAAAAAUGAUAAAAUGGAAA